UACGUCACUUCCGGCAUCGCAACAUCAGACGUGAUUCAUCACAUCUCGUUUCGUCCUGUAGCAUGAAGCUGGAGGUUGCUACUGAUACUGGGGAGGUAUACACCCUUGAAGCGUCUCAAGACCUCACUCUAGAAGACUUCAAGGCUGCCGUAGGGUCACAGAGUGGCAUUCCGUCUCAAGAAAUAUCGUUGAGCUACCGUCUACAGCCUCUUCAAGAUGACAAGAAGACGCUAAUUGAUUUAGGACUAAAAGAUGGUGAACUGCUGUUACUAGAAAGGAGAGCGUCAGCGUCGAGUGAGUCAGCUCGCGGAAUUCCUGACAUUGACUGGAGCGCAAUACCCGCCCAGUCACACGACGGGAUUAGGCCUAGAGCGCGUGCGCGAAGCAGUGUCGAUCAAGAUGACCCGGAAGUUGUCAGACAAAUGUUCCUCUCAAAUCCUUACCAAAUGGCUCUGUUACGAGAACGUAACCCAGAGUUAGCAGAUGCAGUGACGAGUGGCGAUGUCAACCGUUUUACUGCUCUCCUUGAACGUCAGAGUCGUGCUGUAUCCGACAGAAAUAUGGAACAGAUUCGACUCCUUAAUGCGGAUCAUCUGGAUCCAAAUGCUCAAGGAAGAAUUGCCGAAAACAUUCGACUAGAAAAUGUCCAGGUGAAUCUGGAUACAGCAAUAGAACACAACCCAGAGGCGUUCGGUGUUGUGGUGAUGCUCUAUAUUGAAUGUCGUGUGAAUGGGCGUCUUGUGAAAGCGUUUGUGGACUCUGGAGCACAAUCAACUAUUAUGAGUAUUGAGUGUGCUGAACGUUGUGAGAUAAUGCGACUGGUUGAUCGUCGAUUUGCUGGAAUCGCCAGGGGAGUGGGAAUGCAGAGAAUUGUUGGGAGGGUUCAUGUGGCUCAAGUGCAGAUAGAAAGCGCGUUUAUGCCAUGUUCCUUUUCAAUAAUGCAAGACCAGCCGAUGGACAUGCUGUUGGGUUUGGAUAUGCUGAAACGGCACCAGUGUUGUAUCGAUCUGAAGAACAAUUUGCUGCAUAUUGGAACCACAGCAACUACAACUCCAUUCCUUGCAGAGAGUGAACUGCCACUGGCUGCACGUGGCACGGUCGACCCACAGACAGAGGAGCAAUUGAGAUCAGCUAAUGAGAGUGCCGUCCAAAACGAAGAAGACCGUAUGCUGGCUGAAGCACUCUCCGCAUCUACAUCUGGUGUAAGCCAGCAGGAUGUGACACUGAAGGAGGAAGACAUCAGGAAAGCGAUGGACAUGGGCUUUGCUCGGGAACUAGUUAUACAAGAGCUGAGGAAUCACGGAGGAAACGUGGAACAGGCUAUUGUGUCGUUGGUUGGAAAGUCUUUCGGAAACAAGUAGAAAUUGAAAUAGAAUUAGGUACCCAAAAUGGCAUUCAGUUUGAUGAGUUUGAGUGUAACUUCAAGCAUAGUUUGGACCAUUGUGUCUAUAGAGCAGAUGCUAGAACUAUUGUGCUUGUGCAGACAGAACUUUCAGUGCUCUAUGGUUGAGUCUAAAAUGCAAUUCCAUCUUUUGUGUUUUCACAAUCGA